UCCCUGUCAAAAUUUGAUUCGAUCUAGGGUUUCCUCCCAUGUUUCUUAAUGGGCUCUCUCUCUGGGACGCCGAUUAUGACGCCGCUCCGAUGGAGCCCAAUCCGCCGCUUCAUUCCCGGAUUCAAAUCCCUCCUCUAUCCGAUGAAAAGGCCAAAGGAGGGGGCUAUGUUGAUGAGUUGCUAGUGCAAGAUACUGAGGUUAUUGCGGUGGAAGAUGUGUUUGAUACCGAUAUGGUGUGUUUGGCUGGUGAAACCCAAGUGGCGGAUCUCUGCGGCGAGACGCAGCUGUUGGAGGAGUUUAGCUGCUUUGGGGACAUGGAGACGCAGUUGGUGGACUUGGAUGAUCGAGUUGCGAGUGACAGUGAAGGGGAAGAGGAGUCCGAUGCGACUCGAGUUUUGGAUGUUGAUAAGGAUGGAUCGGAGGGGGUGUCGGUGAGAAGAGGCGGCGGGCGGUUAGGGGAUGAGGGGAGGAAUCAGUGUGGUGGUGGUUGUGAAGAUGGUGAGAAGAGGCUGAUGCAGGAGGAGAGUCAUUUGGUUGAGGAACCAAGUAAUGCAGGGGUCCAUGUAUCUGUUGAAACACCUGUAGUUGAAGAGUCCCCAGAAUUGAAGCCUGGAUAUGUACGCAUGCAUUUCACUUCAGUUCGUGCACAAUCCCUGCGGGCCUCUGGUCUAGCGGCUCGGAACAAAAGUGGGUCCCGUUCUCUUCCAUGCAGUAAUCACUCCUUGGAGCAACUUGCUACCACAGGUGGAUCGGAAGUCGAUCAGGAAAAUGAUAUGGGGCGAAAUGAUGAUAAUAUUAAAAGUUCAAGGGUUUCCAGUUGGACAGUGAGAGAACUUUUUACUGACAAUCCAGAUUCUGAAAAUGAAGGCGUUUAUCAUGAGAGUAAUGAUUUUGAAGGAGAAGACUUGCUUCAGUUCCCUUCUUGUGAUUGGGCAGGGUUGAGCUAUGCUGAUUCUCAAGAACCUGGAGAGCUAUCACAGGCUAAUGCUUUGAAUUUUGUGGAUAAGUUUCUCCAAGAUAAUGCUGAGGAUCUUGAUAAAGAAGGUGAUUGCAGAAAGAGUUCUAAGAAAAAUUCCAAAUCUGUCCCCAGUGCAAAAGGGCCACAAGCAUUGGCAAAAAAAGCCAAUGAUAUAAGCUUAGUUACAGAUGCAGGCAUUUAUGAGUGGGAUGAUAACCGUGAGGAUGAAGGAGGAGGUGAGUUGUUUUGCCGAAAAAGGACAGACUUCUUUGGUGGUGGAAAUCAUGGGUCGAAAUCUCUUCCUCAAGCUCGGAAGGCCAAAAGACUCAGAGCUGAAGAGCUGGAUGAUAACAAACAAAUAUCACAGGGAAAGAACAAGAAAUUUGGUGUAUAUCAUUCGGAUUCCAAAUUAUUGGUGCAGAAUUCAAUAUCCAGUGAGAUGAUGGAAAGUGAAGAUGAAAUGAGACACAAAAGGAAUCUCACCAAUGAGUUUAACGAAGAGUUCAAUAUCUGCUCCACUAGAGGACAGUUGGAUGCUCAUCAUAAUAAAACCCUGGUGCCUGGAAUGCUAAAUGUAGGUCUUGAUACUCAGAUUGCUGCUGAAGCUAUGGAAGCCUUAUUCAACGGGGAAGGAAUACCCAAUUGUGAGGCCAAUGAUGCUAUUCAUAGAAACUCGCCUGAAGGUUCAAUGGGCAAAAAGACGACGAAUAUAAGUGUGAAGAAACCCCCUCCUCGAAAAAGAGCACACCUUAAUGAUGCAGGAGCUGCUUCUCGAGAAUCCCAACAAGCAAAGAAAACUAGGAGGGGUGAUGCCAACUCAAUUAGGAAACAAGGAUCUAAGAAACAGAAUUUACAACAUUGUGGUACCUUUGCACCCAUUGCACGUCGAACUAGGCAGUCUAUUCUGGUAAAUCAGCUCAAUAAAUCUGAUAAUCCAUCAAUUGGUUGUGGGGAAGAGUCUAACUAUGUGAUGGAGGAUGUUGCUGGUGUUCAGUUGAGCUUUAAAUCUUCAAAACUGGGUAACGAUCAGGCUAGCAGGGUUGGAAUAUCUAAACAAAAUCAACAUGCAAAUGUUAAUGCAGUUGGUGACGGUAUCCAUUUUGAUGGGUUAAGCUUUCCUAGAGGACGAAGGUCUCAGCGAAAUUUGUCCAGCAAGGUUCAUGGACCCGAUAACUUAGAUGAUUCACCAGUGCCAUCUCCUCAGCUAGAGAAGUUUGGAGACUAUGUCAGUAGGCGCAAGAGGUCACAGGAUGCUAGACUCACUACUGUUGAUAAUGCGUUUAAAAGAGUAACCAGAUCUUCCAAAUGUGGAUCUCUUGUAGAAAAGAAUUUGGAAGGAUACUUUGCAAAGAAAAACUUUGAUGAAGGAGGUUCUGAUGAUGCUGCCCUUCAUUGUAAUUCUUCCCAUAACGAUGGGAAAAUGAUCUCAGAGAAUGUAAUCGUGGAGAAGACUGUUAGGGUUCCUGGCAGGUUGAGUAAUCCAAGUCCCUCUUCAGUUAGAAUGAGGGACAAAUCUCCACGUCAGAAAGGUGGCUGCCAACAAUCUGAUGCAGCAUGUGCUACUCCGAUUAACCGCAAUAAUGUGGCUGUCAAUGAUGUAUCUCCUGUUUGUAUGGGUAAUGAAUAUUUCAAACAGUCAUGCAAGAGGAGCCUAUCACGGCCGAGCCUUUUGAAAGAACUGCGCGACUUGAGUCCACUUGAGCAUGAACCAACUUCAGCAUCAAAGGAUUCAAGGAGGAAGAGAGAUAUGACUAAUGUUCGAGUACUAUAUAGUCGCCACUUGGAUAAGGACAUAAUUAAGCAGCAGAACAAGGUUUUGGGCCGACUAGAAGUUUCUGUUGCAACCUCUAUGACAGAUGCCACACACUUCAUAGCAGAUCAGUUUGUGCGAACAAGGAAUAUGCUAGAAGCUAUAGCUUCUGGGAAACCGGUGGUGACACAUUUAUGGCUAGAGAGCUGUGGACAAGCUAACUGUUUCAUUGACGAGAAAGAUUACAUACUAAGGGAUACUAAAAAGGAGAAGGAGUUUGGCUUUAGCAUGCCAUCUUCAUUGGCACGUGCAUGCCAAUAUCCACUUUUAAAGGAUCGGAAAGUCUUCAUCACCCCAAAUACAAAGCCUGGUAAAGAAAUAAUUUCGAGUCUGGUCAGAGCUGUCAAUGGCCAGGCAGUGGAGAGAAUUGGCAGAUCUGCUUUGAAGGCUGAUCAGAGUCCAGAUAAUCUAUUGGUUCUAUCUUGCGAAGAAGAUUAUGAAAUUUGUGUGCCUCUACUUGAAAAAGGAGCUGCGGUUUACAGCUCAGAGCUGGUAUUGAAUGGUAUUGUCACUCAGAGGCUGGAAUUUGAUAGACAUCGCCUUUUUACUGAUAAAGUAAAGAAAACCCGGUCUACCAUAUGGAUGAGGAAAGAUGGCAAUAAGUUCCAGCCUGUGUCCAAAAGCAAAUAAGGUGUACCUCUAUUUAUAAAUUUCCGUUCUCAGAAUUCCCAGUCUCUCCUUAGUUAGGUAUCAUGUUGGUCUGCCAUUCACAUUCAAGUUCUGUUGUCUUUGUAUUUGCAUGUAAAAAUGUAGUCAAUCUGUAUAUAACUGAAAAUGUGUCAUUCAGUUUUCCUUGUAUUCCCAUAUUGGGGUUAUGUAGCUAGUGUAAAAAGUAAUCUGAACAUAUACUAGUGUAUACUGGUUAGUGAUUUUGUCCACCUUCAAUAAGAUUUGCCAAAGAGAUGACG